UGCACCAUCUAUAAAAUUAUUUUCAAAUUGAAAAAAUAAUGUCAUAAUCUUUAACACUAAGAUCAUCCUUAAAAAAACAACAAAAAAACAAUUCAUACAUAUUCAUUGGCAGCACCUGAAUUACUAAUAACCUAGGACUAAGAACAUGAUUCUAAUAUUUAUUAAAUAUUACACUCAAUUAUAAAUUAUAAUAUUAAAAUUUCCCAUAAAAAUAAAUGUGCACAAAGCCAAAGUUAUCAUGCACCCCACCUCUCCCAUCCUCCCCAAAAAAAAAUUCCUCCAUUUCUCUCUCUCUCUUCUCUUGUUCUCUACUAUAACAAACCAAAAUUUCACAUACCAAAAAAUAGGAAAAAAGAGAAUAUAACAUAAGAUUAGAAAAUACACCAAACCUAAACCUAAGAAAGGAAACUCUUAACUCCAAAAAAAAAAACAACAAAAUAAAAACACACAAACGCAAAAUAAAAAAAAAACCACCAUAGCUAUGAAGCAACAACAAAACCUUCAUCAACAACAACAACAAUCUUCUUCAUCUUCAUCAUCAUCAUCUUUAUCUUCAUCAUUCGACGCAAUUUCUCUCUCCUCAACUCCGGCGACAAGCAGCGGAGGCGGCGGCGGCGAUCCUCCGGCGGCGAUGUCAUCAUCGGAGGAUUUAUCGGCGGCGUCGACGGCGACAGGAGGACAAGAAUCGAUCGUGGUAGAAAAACGAGGAGAUUUUUCGGCAAUAUGUAGAUGGACGGUAGCAAAUUUUCCGAAAAUAAAAGCUAGGGCAUUAUGGAGUAAGUAUUUUGAGGUAGGAGGUUUUGAUUGUCGAUUAUUAGUAUAUCCAAAAGGUGAUUCUCAAGCUUUACCUGGUUAUAUAUCGGUUUAUUUGCAAAUUGUGGACCCUACAAAAUCGCCAUCAAAUUCGUCUAGAUGGGAGUGUUUUACUAGUUAUCGAUUGUCGCUUGUUAAUGUUACGGAUGAUUCGAAAACUAUACAUAGGGAUUCUUGGCAUAGGUUUAGUAGUAAGAAAAAAUCUCAUGGAUGGUGUGAUUUUACGCCGUCGAAUUGUAUACUGGAUUCUAAAGGUGGCUUUGUGUUUAAUGGGGAUUCGAUUUUGAUAAUGGCGGAUAUUUUGAUAUUGAAUGAGAGUGUUAGUUUUACAAGGGAUAAUAAUAAUAGUAAUAAUAAUAAUAAUAAUAACAAUAAUGGUAAUAAUAGUAAUAGUGAGGUGCAAUGUGGGGUUGGGGGAGGAGGAGGAGGGGUGAUUUCGGGGGUGGGGAAUGCAGGGUCGUCGUCUUCGUCUGAUGUUUUGAGUGGGAAGUUUACUUGGAAGGUGCAUAAUUUUAGUUUGUUUAAGGAGAUGAUUAAGACUCAGAAGAUUAUGAGCCCGGUUUUUCCUGCUGGGGAGUGUAAUUUGAGGAUUAGUGUGUAUCAGAGCUCGGUGAAUGGGGUGGAGCAUUUGUCUAUGUGUUUGGAGAGUAAAGACACGGAGAAGAGUAGUGGAACGACGGUGUUGCUGUCGGAUAGGAGUUGUUGGUGCUUGUUUAGGAUGUCGGUGUUGAAUCAGAAGCCGGGGUUGAAUCAUAUGCAGAGGGAUUCGUAUGGGAGGUUUGCAGCAGAUAAUAAGAGUGGUGAUAAUACAAGCUUGGGAUGGAAUGAUUAUAUGAAGAUGUUGGAUUUUGUUGGUCCGGAUGCAGGAUUUUUGGUGGAUGAUACCGCGGUUUUCAGCACUUCGUUUCAUGUUAUCAAGGAGUUCAGUAAUUUUUCUAAGAAUGGAACUGCUUUAGGAGUGAGGGCUGGAAGUGGUAGUUCGAGGAAGUCAGAUGGUCAUAGCGGGAAAUUUACUUGGAGGAUUGAUAAUUUUACCAAGUUGAAGGACCUUCUGAAGAAAAGGAAGAUUACCGGACUUUGCAUUAAGAGCAGAAGGUUUCAGAUUGGCAAUCGGGACUGUCGCCUUAUUGUUUAUCCCCGAGGGCAGUCUCAACCUCCAUGUCAUCUCUCUGUAUUUCUGGAGGUUACGGAUUCUCGAAAUACUUCCAGUGAUUGGAGUUGCUUUGUUAGUCAUAGACUAUCAGUUGUGAACCAGAAGAUGGAGGAGAAAUCUGUGACGAAAGAAUCACAAAACCGCUACUCCAAAGCUGCCAAGGAUUGGGGUUGGCGUGAAUUUGUUACACUUACUAGCUUAUUUGAUCAAGACUCAGGAUUCCUGGUGCAGGACAGUGUUAUUUUCUCAGCAGAAGUUCUUAUUUUGAAGGAAACCUCCAUCAUGGAGGACUUCUCUGAGACCAGUUGUGAGGCUGAUGGCAGUGGGAAGAAAAGUUCGUUUACAUGGAAAGUUGAAAAUUUUUUGUCCUUCAAGGAAAUAAUGGAAACCAGGAAAAUCUUCAGCAAAUUCUUUCAGGCUGGAGGAUGUGAGCUACGUAUUGGCGUUUACGAGUCCUUUGACACCAUAUGCAUAUAUCUGGAGAGUGAUCAAUCAGCUGGAAGUGAUCCUGAUAAUAAUUUUUGGGUUAGGUACAGAAUGGCUGUGGUGAACCAGAAGAAUCCUGCCAAGACUGUAUGGAAGGAGUCCUCUAUCUGUACAAAGACUUGGAACAAUUCGGUUCUCCAGUUUAUGAAGGUUUCUGACAUGUUAGAACCAGAUGCUGGGUUUCUUUUGCGAGAUACUGUGGGUUUUGUCUGUGAAAUCUUGGAUUGCUGUCCUUGGUUCGAGUUCUCUGACUUGGAGGUUCUUGCCUCUGAGGAUGAUCAGGACGCUCUGACAACUGACCCUGAUGAACUGAUAGAUUCUGAAGACAGUGAAGGAAUAAGUGGUGAUGAAGAGGACAUCUUUAGGAAGCUUUUGUCUAGAGCAGGGUUUCAUCUUACAUACGGGGAUAAUCCUUCACAACCACAAGUCACAUUAAGAGAGAAGCUUUUAAUGGAUGCUGGUGCUAUAGCUGGGUUUUUGACUGGACUUCGUGUCUAUCUUGAUGAUCCCGCCAAAGUGAAGCGCUUACUCCUUCCUACCAAGCUUUCUGGUACCAAUGAUGGGAAGAAGGUCUCCAAAUCGGAGGAAUCAUCUCCAAGUUUAAUGAAUUUGUUGAUGGGAGUGAAAGUAUUGCAGCAGGCAAUUAUUGAUUUACUCUUGGACAUAAUGGUCGAAUGUUGUCAGCCUUCAGAAGAAAGCCCUAGUGAUGAUGUGUGUGAUGCAAAUUCAAAGGAUUCUCCAGAUGGUAGUGUAGUCCUAGAGUCGGAGAGAGUAAAUGGAGCAACAGAUCAAAUUGAACACCCUUUGUUUGAGAGAUUAGAUUCUGGAGCCAGUGGAAGUGUCAGUGCUGCUGCUGUUCAAAGCAUGAGGACAAGCACAGGUAUGGGCACAACUGAGAUUGAUGUGCGUGAGAAAGUUAUUCCUGGACAGCCUACAUUUCCACCAGAAACUUCUGGUCGAGGAUUGUCUGAACCAGCUUCUCUUCGCUCAAAGACUAAGUGGCCUGAGCAAUCUGAGGAGCUGUUAGGACUGAUAGUAAAUUCUUUGAGAGCAUUGGAUGGAGCUGUCCCUCAAGGAUGUCCGGAGCCAAGACGAAGGCCUCAAUCUGCACAAAAGAUUGCUCUUGUGUUGGAUAAAGCUCCUAAGCAUUUGCAACCGGAUCUUGUCGCUUUAGUACCCAAAUUGGUUGAGCAUUCUGAGCAUCCUCUUGCUGCUUCUGCGCUUCUUGAUAGGCUCCAGAAGCCCGAUGCAGAACCUGAGUUGAGGCUACCUGUCUUUGGUGCUUUAAGUCAAUUAGAGUGCAGCAGCGAGGUCUGGGAACGUGUUUUGUUUCAGUCUUUUGCACUUCUGGCUGACUCAAAUGAUGAACCUUUGGCAGCAACAAUAAAUUUCGUAUUGAAGGCUGCAACUCAUUGCCAGCAUCUUCAGGAAGCUGUUAAGUCACUCCGUGUAAGGUUAAAACAACUGGGACCAGAGAUUUCGCCUUGUGUUCUUGACUUUCUAACUAGGACUGUACAUAGUUGGGCAGAUGUUUCAGAAGCUAUUCUUAGAGAUAUCGACUCCGAUGAUGAUUGCGGUGUAAAUUGUUCGUCAUUGCCUAACGGGGUGUUCUUUUUUGGUGAAAAUGGCCCCCCGUCUGAAAUCUUAAAUGUGAUGAAUGAGCGUUCGUUUUGUGGUAGUCAUCAUUUUUCUGAUAUCUAUCUCCUGAUUGAAAUGUUAUCCAUACCUUGCCUUGCUGUUGAUGCUUCUCAGACUUUUGAGAGAGCUGUAUCUCGUGGGGCCAUAAUGGCUCCAUCUGUAGCAAUGGUCUUAGAGAGACGGCAUUCCCAGAGAGUUGGCUAUAAUGCAAGAUUUCUUGCUGAAGCAUUGCAGCAAACAGAUGCAGUAGUAGAGGGAGAGGUCAAUGAUCAACUUAGAGCCACCCAAGAUGACUUUACUACACUUCUUGGUCUGACAGAGACGUUGGCAGUUUCCAGAGAUUCUCGUGUAAAAGGCUUUGUAAAGUUGCUUUAUACUAUUUUGUUUAAAUGGUAUGCUGAUGAUACCUAUCGUGGGAGAAUGCUGAAGAGACUCGUUGAUCGUGCAACCUGUAGUACGGAUAGUGCUCGAGAAUUAGAUUUUGAUAUGGAAAUUCUGGUAUUACUUGUUUGUGAGGAGCAAGAAAUUAUAAGACCAGUUCUUAGCAUGAUGCGGGAGGUUGCUGAACUUGCAAAUGUUGAUCGCGCAGCACUUUGGCACCAACUAUGUUCUAGUGAAGAUGAAAUUGUCAGACUUCGUGAAGAAUGGAAAUCAGAUAUGUCUAAUUUGGCUAGAGAGAAAGCUCUGAUAUCACAGAAGUUGAAUGAUGCUGAAGCUACCAAUAAUCGUAUUAAGUGUGAAAUGAAGGCUGAGGUGGACCGUGUUACUCGUGAAAAGAAGGAACUCUCUGAACAAAUACAGGAUGUUGAAAGUCAACUUGAUUGGCAUCGUGCUGAGCGAGAUGAGGAGAUCACGAAGCUAACUGCCGAUAAACGGACAUUGCAGGAUCGUCUUCAUGAUGCGGAGGUGCAACUAGCUCAAUUGAAGUCCAGGAAGCGUGAUGAGCUGAAGAGAAUAGUGAAGGAGAAGAACACUCUUGCUGAGCGUUUAAAAAACGCUGAAGCUGCAAGGAAAAGAUUUGAUGAAGAGUUAAAACGAUAUGCUACAGAAAAUGUUUCAAGAGAGGAGAUUAGGAAGUCCCUGGAGGAUGAAGUGCGAAGGCUAACACAAACAGUUGGCCAAACUGAAGGGGAGAAGCGAGAGAAGGAGGAGCAAGUUGCUCGUUGUGAAGCAUACAUCGACGGGAUGGAGUCAAAGUUGCAGGCUUGCCAGCAAUACAUCCAUACCCUUGAGGCUUCACUUCAGGAAGAAAUGUCAAGACAUGCUCCUUUAUAUGGUGCUGGCUUGGAAGCUCUUUCAAUGAAGGAGCUCGAGACCUUGGCUGGCAUUCAUGAAGCAGGUUUAAGGCAAAUCCAUACCCUCCAACAACAGCGCAAGGGUUCUCCUGCUGGUAGUCCUCAUAUUAGCCCACACACCCUUCCACACACUCAUGCGUUAUACUCAAAUUUGCUUCCACAUGCUGCACCACCGCCAUCAGUGGCUGUCGGUUUGCCCCCUAACCUCCUUACAAAUGGUGCUGGGAUUCACGGCAAUGGCCAUGUGAAUGGUGCAGUGGGACCCUGGUUCAAUCAUUCUUAAAUUAGCUGAGAAAUCGGUGUUUCAAAGCUCAGUUUUCUCGCUGGCCGUCUUACUCAAGGUUGCAAAAUGCAAUUGGUGGAUCUAGGGGAAAAAAAAAAAGGUUUUCAUUUUUUUGGGGGGUUGAUACUAAUUAGUGAUUAUGCCUCAACUUUGGCAUUCAACUGUUGGUACUUAGAAGAGGUCUAAGGGAUAAAUGUAUAGGUACGAGGAUGGCGAAGUGUGGGGAUAAUAUUUUGUAAUUGCAAGUGAGAGAGGGGAGUGAGUCUCAAAUGGAACUAGCAGUUGCAAAUGCCUGCAUUAUUUUGUUCAUCUUUCUUACCUCAAAAGGUCAUAUUAAAAGGCUUCGAAAGUUUUGGUAGCUA